GCCCAUCCGAAGGUUGCCGAUUUUGGAAAAUUGGAGGCAUCAACACGACGUUCGUUAUCUGCACCGCCCUUCAUCGAUAUCCUUUGCCAUUUCUCUCUGCGGUUCGGGAAACCGGUUCACGACACUUUCUUCUGCCUUUUUUUGACGGUUAGGUGACCCGCUCUCCCACAAAAAUCAAGAAAAAAAUUGGCGAAGUCCCUGUCUCCAGCCUGAAGCCGCUUCAGAAAAACGACAUCUUGGGGACCAAAAGCUUUUGAAACCCGUCGCAAUCUAAUACAAAGACACACCCAGACGAUUUGGAAAGCCUGAAGAUGGCAGAUUCGACGACGGAGAUAGAUUUGGACUCGGUCAUCGACCGUUUGCUGGAAGUGCGGGGUAAUCGACCGGGCAAGCCUGUACAGCUUCAGGAGUAUGAGAUCAAGUACCUGUGUACCAAGGCCAGGGAGAUUUUCAUUAACCAGCCGAUUCUGCUGGAGUUGGAGGCGCCGAUCAAGAUAUGUGGUGAUAUUCAUGGCCAAUACUAUGAUCUACUCCGACUUUUCGAAUACGGCGGCUUCCCACCUGAGGCAAACUACCUAUUCUUGGGCGACUACGUGGACCGAGGGAAGCAAUCCCUUGAAACCAUCUGUCUACUCCUCGCGUACAAGAUUAAAUACCCAGAAAACUUCUUCAUUUUACGAGGAAAUCACGAGUGCGCGAGUAUAAAUCGGAUUUAUGGGUUUUAUGACGAAUGUAAACGUCGAUACAACAUUAAACUUUGGAAAACAUUCACCGAUUGUUUCAACUGCCUGCCAAUCGCAGCCAUCAUCGACGAGAAGAUUUUCACGAUGCAUGGUGGCCUCAGUCCUGAUUUACAGUCGAUGGAGCAGAUACGGAGAGUAAUGCGGCCUACGGAUGUUCCCGAUACCGGCCUGUUAUGUGACCUUUUGUGGUCCGAUCCCGACAAGGAUAUCACGGGUUGGUCAGAGAAUGACAGAGGAGUGUCAUUUACCUUUGGGCCGGAUGUGGUGUCGCGGUUCCUGCAGAAGCAUGAUAUGGACCUGAUUUGUAGGGCUCAUCAGGUUGUCGAGGACGGUUACGAGUUCUUCGCAAAACGUCAUUUAGUGACGCUGUUCUCGGCCCCCAAUUACUGCGGAGAAUUUGACAAUGCCGGCGCGAUGAUGAGUGUUGAUGAGACGUUGUUAUGUUCAUUCCAAAUCUUGAAACCUGCGGAGAAGAAGGCAAAAUACCCAUACGGCGGAAUGAACAUGGGGCGGCCCGUGACGCCGCCACGCAAGCAGAAGAAGAAGGAAGGACGAAUGGGUUGAGCGGCUUUUACGUUCCAGCGAACCAUGUCUUAUGUCGAGGAGCAUCCCGACAUCCUCUCCUUUGCCGUCUCGCAAGCUCCCCCUCAUCUUUGCAUAGUGUCGCUCGCUCCUCUACGGACUACGUAGGUGCCAUUGCUUUUCGCUUGUUAUAAUGUGAGAUUAGGGUACGCAUACAAUAUCAUAUAUAUUUCUUUUUCUCUUUCUCUUUCCCUCCUUCCUGCAGGUAAAUAUGUGCCUUGAAGGUAAUUUUCAAGCAGUCUGUUCUUGCAGUACAUAUUAUUUUGCAUCCGACUUUUUCUCUUGCUUCGACACCGUGUAAAUUAUCUCUACACUCAAUUUCCACGAUCUAACGAGCUUCUUUUCAAUGUACCGUUUCUGCGCAGUCUCAAAACGAGUCCACAAUAUUUUACCAACUUUUUAGCCAAAAAUGGAAUUGUA